AUGGAUGCGCACUAUCCCUUUGCUUCCCGUGACGAUAUUUGGCGUGUCUUCGCUGAGUUGAAGGAGCUUCACAUUGCCCAGUACGAGCAAGGACAACGGCUCGCGCAACUGGAGCGUCGCCGGGACGACGAUGCCCGACUGAGGAGUCCUUGGUGUCCUGUGUCGCCACUUCCGCACUCGGUUGGGGCGAUCGCUCCAGGUAGUCCACCUCUGCCCUCCGGGAUCAGUUCGCCACUUACCAAAACGUCCCUUCCAGACCCCACUUUCCACUCACCCGCGGAUGCAUUUAAAGGAUUUGAUCAAGGUAAUCAUCCCGCAAUGGCUGUUUCCACGGUAGGGUUUGAUGGCGAAGACGAGCCUAGACGGGGUGCGUCGCGAGCCAACAGUGUCCGUUUCGAUGAAAGUGCUAUCCUCGGGAACGCCCAGGCUAGCCGUUCCAGCAACGACCUUCCUCUGCGGACUGGUAGCAGCUUGAGUACCCACCCGCUUCUUGAGCGGACAUUUUCUCACCAAUCUGAUGGACGCUUGAGCUCGUCUGGUCACUCGCACCAUUCCGCUCGCACCAAUAGCCUGCGCCUCAACACCACUCGGCUGCUUGGUACCACGCCAAUUGAGCCUCCUUUGAUUCCCCCUCCUGGACUAUUCUUGCUGGGACCGGUCCCGUCCAUCAUUCGGUGCUGGUUGACUGAUAAUUUCACUAAUGACUCUCUCCUGUAUGCAGCCGUUUGCUCGGGCUCUUACGUGUCAACUUUGGGUCUCUCCAUGAUCCGCGAAUUUGGGAUGGAGAGCAUGAUUGUACGCGAGUGCGAUUUACAGUACAUCAAGCUUCCGCUCUAUCUUCCUGAAGCACUUAUUCAUUCAUCUUCGUCACGACCCGGAACCCCUACUCAUCAAGUUCCUGCUGUAACAAUCCGCUUUGUGGUUCGCGAGACAGAAGUCUGCGAUAACUCUAUUCAAAUUGUCAUUGGAAGUGAUGUGAUGCGUGCACACAAUGCUGAUAUUUUGUUCUCGCAAGAUAAACUGAUUAUGGUGGACGACGACCACAACCGCGUGUCUAUCCCCCUUGUGCGUCCCGAGAAUGACUCCGUGUUUAAAUCUCUUUGCACUUCUCCUGGUAUUCCUAAUUCUGGGGACUUAUUGGGAGCACCUACGAACGGAAAUCCAACUGUUGGUGUCAUUGGGCGGCCUGCCAAUGUUCAACAAAAGCCGGCCUCUGCGCCCCAACCCACUUGUCUGCCUGACAGCGAGAAUCGCGAUCCUCACAAGUCUACACCACAGAACCCCCAGGCUCAUCCUCACAUUUCAGCUGAAACUCCUGUCAAUGCAGCGACCUCCAAGUCCACUAAAACCGAGGAGCCGCCUUCUUGGGACAGCCCAUGGCGUCGCGAUGCCAAAAAAUCCACCAAAACUACCCAGAAGGGGACUGAUAAACGCGAGAUGAAAGUCUUCCGCACCGGAAAAUCCUCUAGUCAGGCGAACUUGACAACUUCGGCCUCGGCUCCUGGCAAUGCUAUUACUGAACAGCCUGAUAAGUCGUCUCUGUCGCUUUAUUCUGCCCACCACUCCACUACCGCUUCGGACAAGCAUGGUAUGCUAAAUCCCGUGGGUGAUGCAUCGGCGUUUGGAUGGCUCAACCCGCCCCAUCACAACACCUCGUCCUAG